CUUUUUGCUGCCGUGUCCCCGAGACCCGGCCUGCGAGGCGCUGCCCGCGACGAUCCUAGAUGCCUCCAGCCAGUCGGCGGUUUUCUCUCUGCAUUAGGACCAGACUGACUUGCGGGCUGAUAUUUGCCUAAACCCAAGUCUAGCUCUUAUUCUUAAGUUUUCUUUUGUAAGUUACUCUUAAAACCGGACAGGUUUUCCAACGUUUCCCUACUGUUCCAAGGCCCAGGAAGUGUUGGGUUAGGACAGAUGUCCCUUUAGAUGGACUGAACUUUUGGUUUUAGUUUUGGGCUUCUUUGGUACCGAUCGAACUCGGAUCCUUGCACUUGCGAGGCAGGCGGCGGAUAGAUGGACUAAGCUUUUUAUUAUAGUCGCGGUAAUCUCAUAUUAAAAAAAAAAAAAGUGUCGGCCAUAUACCAACUUCCGGAAAUAGAUGAAAAUUAAAGGUGCUUUCUGCUUUGGCAAGAAGCCAGGUCCUGAUCAUGUGUUUCACCAGGGCUUUGGCAUCACUUGCUAGGAGUCUCACCUCCGUGCCCCCUGGGCCAUCAUGGCAGUGCACCUGGUGAGGCGCUACUCGUAUCUGCUGAGAGAAGCCGCUCGCCUAGCCCCUGCCCUGGCUCCACCUUGCCAGCUGCGAUUUGCCAGGGUGGCCCAUAAUACUUUGACCUCCUCAGCCACCUCCCCCAAUUCCUGCUCCCUGAGUUCCUUGAAGGACCUGAUGGAAAAGGAGCCGGUGAUCACCCCCUUCCCAGAGCAACAAGAGGUGGACCGGCUCAUCGAGAAGGCCACCAGGCCAGAGGAGCUGCUCGAGCUGCUAGAUGGCGGUCACAGCUUAGAAUGCAAUCGCUCAGCCACCAUCCUCAUCCAGCUCUCUCGACUGCUGUCCCAGAACCCACAGGACAAGGCCUUGUUCAUACAGGAUCUGCGCUUUGAGCAGCUUCUCCAUCUGGUCAACAGUGAGCUGUCCUCUGUGUGGCACGGGACGCUUGUGAAGCUGCUGCGGAGCCUGUAUGCACUGGAGGUACCCAGGACCACGCAGGCGCUGCGCUCAGUGGAGCAGGAGGUGCGCUGGCGCCUGCGGAGGCUCAAGUACAAGCACUUGGCCUCCCUGGCAGAGGCCUGUGCCACGUCCAGUCAAGGGCAGCACUCCCAGGAGCUGCUGGCCGAGCUCCUUGUGCACCUGGAGAGGCGCUGGACAGAGAUCGAGGACAGCCACACAGUGGUGGCCGUCAUGAUGAAGGCGGGCCACCUCUCAGAGUCGCUGAUGACCCGGCUAGAAGACAAGUGCCUGGAGCUGGUGGAUCAGUUUGGCCCCGAAGAGCUACGGAAGGUGCUUGUGACGCUGGCGGCUCGGAGCUGGCGCCCGAUACCCUUGCUUCGGGCCAUCUCCUACCACCUGGUGCAGAAGCCUUUCCCACUGACAAAAGCCAUGCUCCUGGACCUGGCCUAUGCCUACGGCAAACUCAGCUUCCACCAGACCCAAGUAUGCCAGCGCCUAGCUGCCGACCUGCUGCCCCUCAUGCCCAGCUUGACGCCUGGAGAGGUGGCCCGCUGUGCUACAUCCUUCGCCUUCCUCAAGUGGCUCAAUCUACCCCUGUUUGAGGCCUUUGUCCAGCACAUCCUGCACAGAGCCCCGGACAUCACCGUGCCCCACCUGUGCAGCAUCCUUCUGGCGUUUGCCCGUCUGAACUUCUGUCCAGAGCAAGAGGACCAGUUCUUUGCCCUGGUGCAUGAGAGGCUGGGACUGGCGCUGGCGAGCCUGGAGCCAGCCCUGCAGGUGGAUGUGGUGUGGGCGCUCUGCGUGCUCCAGCAGGUGCAGGAGGCUGAGCUGCAGGCUGUCCUGGACCCCAGCUUCCACACACAGUUUCUUGGGGCCAGGUCUCCAAAGGACCAGAACACCUUCCAGAAGCUGCUGCAUGUCAACGCCACUGCCCAGCUGGAGCACCCGGAGUACCGGGGCCCCCUCCUGCCAGCCACAGCUGUGGCCCCCACAUCCCCUGGCCGGAAGGUGACCCCUCUGCAACAGGAGCUGCGGGAGGCACUGCAGGCAGUGCUGGGGAGCGCUGACCAGGGCAGCCUCGAAGUGGCCACCCAGUACGGCUGGGUGCUAGAUGCCGAGGUGCUGCUGGAUGCUGACGGCCAGUUCCUGCCACCGAGGGACUACGCCGCACCUCACCUCGCCCAGCCUGCUUUGAGCCAGCCGUUGCCUCCCGGGGCCAAGAGGGUCUCGGUCCUGCUCUGGGAGUUCCCCAACUUCAAGAAUAAAAGCAGAGACCUGCUGGGCCGCUUCGUCCUGGCCCGGCGGCACUUGCAGGCUGCAGGCUUCCUGCUGGUGGAUGUCCCGUACUACGAGUGGCUGGAACUCAAAUCUGAAUGGCAGAAAAGCGCCUACCUCAAGGACAAGAUGCGCAAGGCCGUGGCUGAGGAGCUGGCCAAGUGACGCAGCCCAUCCCUUUGGUUUUUUUGGUCCUGGGGAUCAAACUCGGGGCUUUGCACUUGCGAGGCAGGUGGUGGAACCAAUGAGCUAAAUCCCCAGCCCCCAUCCCAUCCCUUUGGACUGUGUGCUUGGGGCUGACUCCUAGGCCAGCAUCGCAUGCUGGGUGGCAGGAGGGGUCACCCUUGAGGACAGAUCUGCUCGGCACAGGUCCUUGGCCAAGCUGGAGGGUGGCCACCUGCUCCCCACAAAGGACAAGUGGCCUCUCGUGAGUAAUCUUUAGUGUUGGUGUCAGCAGUAGGUGGCUUCCCAGGCUUUGUCAUACACACACACACAGGCACACACCUGUGUUUCCACCCAGCUCUCCGCUUUGGAAAGUAGCAUGGGUGUGCAGGGCUCUGCUGUGUCCUGGCUUUUUCCUGAGGACCCUUCCUGUCACACCUGUGUAUCCGCCCUGCUGACCCCCACACCUGCAGAGUAGUGUCCUGGGAUUCCGGGCCUGGGAGCCCCCCAAGGCCCCUGGUGACAGGUGGUGAGAGGCCGGGUGGAAACUUGGAAAGCAAAAGCCCACUUGGCCCAGAACCACCUGACCUGAUCCCUGUGCCCAUCCCAGGGGAGGGAGGAGCACCCCGCAGGAGGAGCAGCAGGGCUAAGCGCCGGGUCUUGGCGCACAGCGAGGCUGAGGGCCUACAGGACACUUGGGGCUGUGUCUGAGGAAAUAAAGCCUGAUCCUGUGCACUG